AGCAGACGCAACAUUGCAUCCUUUCACCCACGCACCAGAGUGAGUGGAGACGAAGCAAAUGACCUGUGAAACGCCAUUGCGGCCAAAAAGGCUUACGAACAGUUUGGCUCCACCAUUGAUUUGCGCAAGACAAAAAGCUGGAUUGUUGUAGGCAUUAGGUUUGUGUUGGAGGAUUGCAGCCUGCAAUGAAUAUGCCGCUCCUUCAAGCAAGCUGUAGGGUAGUUGACUAUACAGCCUUUGCUUCCACACCUCAGCAGCAAGAUGUCGAUCUACAACUGGGCAAAGUACGACCCCAAGUACUACCUGAAUGGAGCGUUGUGCGGAGGGAUUUGCUGCUCCAUCACCCACGGUGCUUUGUGCCCUGUGGACGUGGUGAAGACUCGUAUCCAACUUGACCCCAUCAAGUACCAGGGUGGAUUGUUGAGUGUCGGAAGGCAAGUCGUCGCUGAAGAAGGUGCCUCAGUGCUCGCUACAGGUCUGGGACCAACAGCGGCUGGUUACUUCGUGCAGGGAUGGUUCAAGUUUGGAGGCAACGAGUUUUUCAAGAUCCAGUUUUGCCAGUCUUUGGGUGACCAAAAGGCGUGGGACAGAAAGGCUUUCAUCAUGCUUGGAGCAUCUGCCUGUGCUGAGUUCAUUGCAGAUAUCUUCCUGUGCCCUUUGGAAGCUGCUCGCAUUCGUCAAGUGUCUGACCCCACAUUCCCCAAGGGCACGUUCACUGCAAUGAAGGAGUUGAUGGCCAGGGAGGGAAUCAUGGGUUGGUAUGCAGGUCUUGUGCCCAUUCUCUUCAAGCAGAUCCCUUACACCAUGGCCAAGUUUGCAGUCCAAGGUAACACCGAGAUUGCCAUUUACGCCAGCUUGCCGACCAAGAGAGAGAACUUGAGCCAUGCUUCCAAGAUGGGCGUGUCUGUUACUUCCGGCUUCAUUGCGGGGGUGGCAGCUGCGAUCAUUUCACAUCCUGCCGAUUCUCUCCUUUCCAAGAUCAACAAGAAGGGGGCAGGCGGUGACGGUGGCAUGGUUUCUCGCUUGUGGAACAUCGCCAAAGAGACUGGUUUCGCGAAGCUUUGCACCACAGGUCUUGGACCAAGGUGCAUCAUGAUCGGCACCCUGACAGCGGGCCAGUUCUUGAUUUUCGACACGUUGAUGCCCAUUAUGGGAGUUGAGAAAUUCCACUUCCACGACCCAUCAAAGCCUCAUUGAGCAAUCUGACAAGACACAUUUUUUGCGAUUUUUGUCGCGGUGAAACUCUGCCCAACGGGCAAGGACACGCAGCUCAGUGGAUUCAAAAUGUGAGUCACUUUACAGAGUAUUGGUCCAACAGGAGGUUUAACAUCGCUGGUGAUUUCUUAAUUCGAGGAAUUUA